AUGGGAAGGGGUGCCGACCGAGCGUGGAUGGCCGACCGGGCCAAUGGCGCGAACAGCUUGAGCAUCGCUUCAGGCCACGCCCUGGAUAUCUUCUGCUACUGCGUCGGCGAGUUCCGUGAGCUUUCAGCUCAGGUCAGCGUGCAGCUUGCCCAGUGGCAUACCACUGACGGCAAAUCCGUUUCCGUGAACGCACCCGACAACGUAAUAGUGAGCGGCGUUCUGGAUAACGGCGCGGCUGCCUCUGCCCACAUCGCCACCAUUCCCUGGGUCGGCAGCGGCUGGCGGAUGGAGGUCUACGGCACCGAGGGAACAUUGUCUGCCAGCUCCGAGGAAAUGGUGCAAUACGGCAACGUCAGUCUCUUUGGCGCUCAAGGCUCGGGGCAGGCCCUUCAGCCAUUGGAUGUCCCGGCCCGGCUUGCAUCCGCACCAGGUUCUGUCCCGGCCGGUGCGCCCUACAACGUUGCCCAACUUUAUCGCAUCGUUGGAGACGCAAUUCACAACGGCGGAGACGCGCAACCAGACUUCGACACAGCGGUCGAGCGCCACCGGUUCCUGGACCUGUUACAACAGUCCUCAGACGAGGGACGUAGAGUAGUCGUGAAAGCCUAG